AUGGAUUUUUUGGCGAGCAUCGACAAACGGGCCGCGGAUUUUGGUUUCACUACCCGCGACCUUCUCGGACUGACCAACAAAGAAGGACUUGUCUUCACUGAUGUGGCCGACAGUGUCCAAGCUACGCACGUCAUUCGCUACCAACAAACUUACGAAAGUAUCCCCGUGUUUGAUGCGACACUGACCGUCGAGACCGACGUUGUUUUGAACAUCUACACAGGCCAAGUAACAGGUAAGAUCGCCGAAGACAUUGAUAGCGAUGUGGAAUCAACAACACCAAACCUUCUACCCAAAGAAGCUCUCCAGAUCAGCAUAGCUAACGGUGGAUUCCCUAUAGAGGGGGCCCGCAUCGAGAGCGAGGAACCGCGUCUGGAGAUUUAUUUAAUGCCAAAUAACACAGCUCGGCUCGUUUACCGUGUCUUAUAUUAUGCAGAAUCCGGCGACAAGAGUUACCGGCCUUGUUUUAUGAUCGAUGCACAGAAUGGUGAGGUGUUAGAGAGAUGGAACAUGCUGGAAACGACGCGUCAUUUUUAUCAAAUGGAAGCAGUCGGCGGGAAUAAAAAGAUUGGACAGCGGAAAUAUGGGGACAUCUUGCCUUAUCUAGACGUUCGUAAAAAAGGGGAUGACUGCAUUUACGAAAACGAAGUCGUGCGAGUCAUCAACCUGAAUGGCAGUAAAUUCUUGAACAAUGAAAAACGGUCUGUGUACCACGUAUCUUGCAGCCGCGGACCCAACGACAGCAUCAACGGUGCCUAUUCGCCGGCUAGUGAUGCUCUUUUCUACAGUAAGGUUGUUUACAAGAUGUAUUUAGACUGGGCACAUGUGGCUCCUAAGAAGAAACUACCGCUUAUCGUCCGUGUUCAUUACGGCCACAAUGAAGUGACGGCCGUCUACAACGGCAAGAACUUCACGUUUGGCGACGGAGCCGGUGAUUUCUUCCCCCUGGUCGGUUUGGAUGUAUUGUCUCACGAAUUUUCCCAUUGUUUCACUGACGAACAUUCUUUUCUGAUCUACGAAGGCCAGUCGGGUGGCAUCAAUGAAGCUUUCUCCGAUGUGGCCGGUGAGGCAGCCGAAUUUUAUCACUUCGAUAAACCGGAUUGGGUCAGCGGUGAUCAGAUUGCUAAAAAACCAGUGCGAUUACUUUGCGAUCAAAAAAAGGAUGGCAAAUCUAUUACCAAUGCUGCACAGUUUGUGAAAGGUCUAGACGUACACUAUUCAAGCGGCGUUUACAAUCGAUUCGCCUGCUUACUAUCCAACAUGGAAAACUGGGACACCAAGAAAGUCUUUCAGACAAUGGUCCAUGCCAACAGGUUCUACUGGCAUCCAAAAACCGAUUUUGCCGAAGGCGCUUGCGAUAUGACCAAAGCCGCUUACGAUUUGGGUUUUGACAUAGAAUCGGUGGUGACCGCCUUCGAAUACGUCGGCGUCAAUGUUUGCGAUAUUGGUAGUUACAUGCGGAAUAUCCACCCCGGUUCGCUCAUUUCAGGACUGAAAGCCGACGAGGGUGAACAGGUUGUUUUACAGUUGAGGGUCAAAGUCCCGACAAAAGAAAUGCGGAUCGUGUCUUACUCCGGCAGCGGAGAAAUGGUUUUGUUUGUGCAUUAUCGCAAAUUACGGAAGAGCAGAAAUGCUCAGUGGAGGUCAAAGCAGCCGGGAAACAAUCAGUUUGUGAAGAUCGAUGCACCAAAACUGGGUCGUUAUUAUGUUGUGCUUGAACCAAAAAGCAAUUCGAAGUUCUCGGGGGUGAAAAUAAAAGUGAAUACGACCAACUCCUGA